AUGGUAUUGCUGGAACGCGGACAAGAUGGAGGUUGUUUUCCCAUAUGCAUCAUUCAGCAGCUUGAAUCUUUGCAAAACGUAGUUGUGAAACUGCAGAAACGCGACUUUGAUCAUUUGAAUGCUCAAUUAGGAUACCAUAUGAUCGGGCUCUGGAAUGGUGGUUUGUUUACGUAUAUAAAUCGCCAUGGAUCCAGAUACUGGGGUCUUCUUGUAGUCAUGAUAGUGCAGUCUUGCCUUCAAAUCCGAAGAUCAACCAGCAUAAUGUCAAGCGAAAAGCGUCUCUUACCAUCAUUGGCGGUGCUUUUGAAUGACAGCAGGCCAGCCAUUGCAAAUCUGAGACCAAGCUUCUGUAGCGGAGAAGAGGGAUACAUUCGUCUGCCACCUCUGGGCGACAGCGGUAUCAGCGGAACCAGGGCGGUCGAAAGCGCUGUGAGGUAUACUGUAAGCCUGCCAAUGUCGUCUGCUGGGUCGAGUACGCCUGCUAGAGCCACGACAGUAAGCUCACACACUGUGUCGCAGACCGAACCGUUGAGCGUGGCAACUCCUUCGACGCCGGUCGUCAAGAGGAAGAGCUUGGUCUCUUCUAGCAGGAAAAACGAAAUGUUGACACCACUUUCUGCUGCCAGGGCGGUAAUAACGCCCUCGAACAGUGAAAAGAAGAGAGCUUUUGCUUUUAUAACACACUCCCAGGAAACGUUUCCCACAAAAGAGCCCAAGAUCGAUAAUGCACCUUUGGCUCGCCGGAAAAGAAGGAGAACUUCGACUCAGGAGCUCAAUAUCCUCCAGGCCGAGUUCAAUCAAUGUCCUGCUCCAGAUAAGCGCAAAAGACAGGAGUUGGCAGAGCGCUGCAACAUGUCUGAGAAGGCGAUCCAGAUCUGGUUCCAAAACAAAAGACAGGCCACGAAAAGACAAAAGAAUUCAGCUCAAAAGGCGCUAGUAGCCGCUCAACUUGAUUCAACACCUCUGGCUUCGAAACAGCUAACUCAGAUAGAUAAACAUACAAAGUCCAAACAGCCUGUUGAGGAAACAACUCCCGAGAUUAGCAGUGGCGACACAACGCCAACCAAAGCGGUACCUUCUGUAAGCAGGAAAGAACAAGCGCUUACCUUUCACCUAACCUCAGACAAUGAAGUUCUAACUCCUGUCAGAACAUCGUCCAACAGCAGAAUAAAGAAUUUAAGAGACAGCGAUGACAGACCGCGCUCAGCGGCUAAUUCACCCAAAACUAAGCCAACUGAAUCUCCCACAGAACGGAUCCCUCUGAAUGAGCUGAAGAUCAACGCUCUGGUCCACUAA